CCCACAAUCACCUACACCCCACCUAGGACCUGAAUCCAGCAUAUGAUGCAUACAACUUGUACGACUUAUACUCAAUAUCGAUAAACCUUUCCUAUAUUUUCCCUCUUUUCCCUCCCAAUGUCAUCCAUCCGAAACGUCAUUUCUCAACUCCCUCUCAUUUCGCACUUAUUCACCUCCCAACUUCCAUCUCAAUCAACCAUAUCAACCACCCAACACUGUCCCAACCCUAGCCUUUCAUGUCCCAUCAACCCGCCUAAAGUCAUUGACACAUGCUGCAUCAACCAUCCUUCAGGCCAUUUCCUCCAGACCCAAUUCUGGGAUUCUUCGCCAGCCACUGGGUCUAAUGUAUCAUGGACGAUCCAUGGAUUAUGGCCUGAUCUAUGUACAGGUGGGUUUGACCAAUUCUGCGACACGACAAGGUCCGAAUAUCAUAUUCGAGCAAUCUUGCAGACUCUGAAUGGUGGAAAUGCCGCUCUUUUGGAUUUCAUGGAUGCCAAUUGGUUGACUCUUGAUGGAAAUCCGGAGCAGUUGUGGGCUCAUGAGUGGAAUAAGCAUGGCACGUGUAUCUCAACCAUUGAGCCAACGUGUUACCAGAGGGAUGAUGAGCAGGAUGGCGCCGCCACUAGUGGAAGUAGCACCAGCAAAUCUACCCUCCACGCAGAUCUUCUCGAUUACUUCGUCCAGACAACUAGUCUAUUUCGCACGCUCGACACAUUCGCCAUCUUCGCCGAAAGUGGAAUUGUACCCAGCUACGACCGUCACUAUGACUUGACUGAACUGCAAGAUGCGAUCGAAGCAUCACCUCAUGGAUUUCCAGUCACAUUCCGAUGCCGGAAUGGCGAACUUAAUGAAAUCUGGUACCAUUUCUCAGUGCGCGGCUCAUUACGACACGCCAUCCCUGGUUCGACGAUGGGAUCUUCUACAUCUGAGGUGUCGCCUUUCCUCAAUUUUUCUACCGUGCGCGAUCAUUUCAUCCCUGCUAUCCCUGACGGCGCGAAAUCCGAUUGUCCCAUCCGUGGUAUCAAGUAUCUACCCAAGGUCCCUGCCGGACACAAGCCUCCGCCUGUUCGGCCCACACAUACCGCUACAACUCGGACGUCCAACCCCAGUGCUACUAGCACUCCAUUUUCUGGGAAAGGUCACCUCGCAGUCCACGUCGUGCCUUCUUCAGCCUCCGAAUCCUCUGCAGAAACAACUGGCUGUUUGAUACGCCAUGGCGAAUGGUACACCUCCGGCACCUGUGCUACAUACCUUGCACAGUCUGACGUGGUUGAUCCCGGCCAUGCGCCGCUCUUCUCAUUGUCGUCAUCCUUCUCGCCGUGUUUGGUCAACCCCCGCACCGCAAAGUUCGAGUGUACCAAAGCUUCUUCCGCUCAAGGAAUUUUUUCUUCGGCGUCAAACCAUACAACCGUCUUGACCUACAAGGAUAGUGAUCGGUUCUAUGCCGAAAAAAUCCCUGGGAAGUUUGGCAAGGUAGACAUUUACGCUGAUGAUGGGGGUGGGAAGAGACCUGUCGAGUUACGGAUCCACUGGGUUCCUGUUUGA